AUGAGUCUCCUUCGCUCCUCGUUGCGGAGGAUAGGGUCGCCAGGCGAUCCUAGCAGGAUAUGCUCUCAAUGUCUUCUACAUCGAAAUCGGACCCCUCGAACCUUCCCCGCCGCCCUCCGCACCUUCACCUCGUCCUUUCGAUCCCACUCGGGCAUUGCAGACGGCCAUUCCGCCCAGUCGGCUCUGAAUAAGACUUAUUUCUCGGCCAAUCGCGCAGAAGACGACACUCCGAGCAAAAGUGACAUUGUAUCUUCGCUUUCCGGCGGCAAUGUUUCCUCCAGCGCGACAUCCUCCACACUCCCAUCAGACCACCGCGUCGAUGCCUCUACGUCUGCCCCCGACUCCACACAACCAGAGCUCCCUCAUCGCCGGAGGAAGCGUUUAAAGGAAGAAGCGAAUGCCCAAGCCGCCGAUCCUGAACAUGUCAUUCCCCCCGAUGCCUCCGCACAGCUAUCCGCCUUCUCUUCCGCUCAGCCCACCUCUUCCCUCCGCCGUAAGAUGGCGGCUUUCCUCGCCCUCUGCAAGCCUCGUCUCUCCGUCCUCAUCGUGCUGAGCACGACCUCCGCCUAUGGCCUGUAUCCGAUCUCGUCUCUCCUUACGCUUGACCCGGCCAUGACCCCGUUACCGACCCUCUCCACCUCAACCCUAACCUUCCUCUACCUGACGGCGGGCACCUUCCUCUCCAGCUGCAGCGCCAACACCAUCAACAUGUUCCUGGAGCCAAAGUACGAUGCUCUCAUGUCGCGCACCCGCAACCGGCCUCUCGUUCGCGGCCUCCUUUCCCGCCGUGCUGCCGCACUCUUCGCUCUCGCGACAGCCCUCACCGGUGUAGGUAUGCUCUACUUCGGCACCAACCCCACCGUCGCGGCCCUCUCAGCCAGCAACAUCAUCCUAUAUGGCUUCAUCUACACCCCGCUCAAGCGUAUUCACGUUAUCAACACAUGGGUCGGCGCCAUUGUAGGCGGUAUUCCCCCGUUGAUGGGCUGGGUCGCUGCUGCCGGCCAGACCGCUACCACGGGCCACGAUACCUGGCGCGACAUGCUCUUCAGCCAAGACAGCAUUGGUGGUUGGCUGCUGGGCGGUAUCCUGUUUGCCUGGCAAUUCCCCCACUUCAACGCCUUGUCUCAUACCAUCCGCGAGGAGUACAAGCGCGCCGGCUACAAGAUGCUCUGCUGGAAGAACCCCGCAAUGAACGCCCGCGUCGCGCUGCGCUAUUCCGUUCUCAUGUUCCCCAUUUCCAUUGGCCUCUGGUGGGUUGGAGUCGUCGGCCACGGAUUCUUGGUUAGCAGUUCAGUCGCAAAUGCGUGGUUGGUGAAGGAGGCGUACCAUUUCUGGAAGCACCAGGGCGCCAACGGCACGGCGAGAGGUCUCUUCUGGGCCAGUAUCUGGCAGCUCCCAGUUCUACUGGUGGGUGGUCUCGUCACCAAGAAGGGCCUUUGGGAUGGUGUAUGGCGUCAGAUUUUCGGACAGCCGGAUGAGCUAGAGGAUGAGUAUGUGUAUGUUGAUGAGGAAGAGGAAGGUACUGGUGCUGCUAUGGCUGCCUCGCGCUCCAAGUCAGUGGCGACUCGUGCGGUAUGACCGACUUUCUGUUUGGACCGAAAUCAAAUGAAUGAGAAAGAGAAAAAAAAAAUAUAGAAAAAGAGGGAGGCUAUAGCGAACUUCCUAUCACUCACCAUUGAUUUCUAUAUAUUUCAUGGAUGUAUUAGAUUCCCGUUUUGGUCGGCGUUUUGUAUAACAG